GAGAAGGAGGAGGAGAAAGAAGAGGAGGAGGAGGAGAAAAAGGAGGAGGAGGUGAACAACUUACCCUGCUGAGCUUUCUUUGGGGAAUACGUGCACCAAGAUUUAGAUCUGCAAGUAAAAUGUAUACAAAGUAUCUGCCACUACAGGUCUGACCCCCCCCCCUUUUUUUUCUUUCUUUCCAUUUUCUCUGCUGUGUCAGAAAGACCAAGACAGAACUAUCUCUGUUUCUGGCUCCACUGCCAGUGAAGGAGUUUUCAUUCAGACUUUCCGAAAAGAGGUGGAGAAGCCUAUAAAGACUCAAGAGAAGAGGUCCUUGGAGCCAGAUGGGGCAUUAGUUCUUCUGCCUUUCUCAGCAUGGAUAAACCCUUUCCUCAAGGAUUUUCUGAUGUGCCCUGAGGUCCAUGUAACUACAAGGUCUCCACUUUAUCACCUUAAGUGCCACCCUGACCCAAAACCACUCAGAGCUCAAGAAUCAAGGCAAAAUGGAUGCCGCAAUGACAGAUGAUUUCCAACAAAUCCUGCCUAUUGAACAGCUGCGCUCUACUAAUGCUAGCAACGAUUAUGUGGAGCGGCCUCCGGCCCCCUGUAAGCAGGCCCUCUCUAGCCCUUCCCUUAUUGUGCAAACCCACAAAUCUGAUUGGUCCCUGGCUACCAUGCCUACGGCUCUCCCCCGCAGUCUCAGCCAGUGCCAUCAAUUGCAGCCCUUGCCUCAGCAUCUGAGCCAGUCUAGCAUUGCCAGCUCAAUGUCCCAUAGCACCACUGCCUCUGAUCAAAGGCUCUUGGCCAGCAUUACACCCUCACCUUCAGGCCAGUCCAUCAUCCGAACCCAGCCUGGAGCAGGGGCCCACCCAAAGGUUGAUGGUGCUCUGAAGGGAGACGCUGAGCAAUCUGCAGUGCACCCCAGUGAGCACCUCUUCAUCUGUGAGGAGUGUGGGCGCUGCAAGUGUGUCCCUUGCACCGCAGCUCGCCCUCUACCCUCCUGCUGGCUUUGCAACCAGCGUUGCCUUUGCUCUGCUGAGAGCCUCCUCGAUUAUGGCACUUGUCUCUGCUGUGUCAAGGGCCUCUUCUACCACUGCUCCACUGAUGAUGAAGACAACUGCGCCGAUGAGCCCUGCUCCUGUGGGCCUAGCUCUUGCUUCGUCCGCUGGGCAGCCAUGAGCCUCAUCUCCCUCUUCUUACCCUGCCUGUGCUGCUACCUGCCGACCCGUGGAUGCCUCCAUCUGUGCCAGCAGGGCUAUGAUACCCUCAGGCGACCAGGCUGCCGCUGUAAGAGGCACACUAAUACCGUGUGCAGAAAAAUCUCUUCUGGUGGUAGUGCACCCUUUCCCAAGGCCCAGGAAAAGUCUGUAUGACCUUCCUACGAGCUGGAUCCAGAGCUGUCUCCUUUAACCCCCAUCAGUAAAGGAUAGGCCUCACUUUUGAAGAGGGGGAGGAGUAAUCAACUAGCCAAAGUUAGGGCCUCACCUCUUUUGUUCCUGCAGUGUCAGGGGAAUGGCCAAGUACAUCCUGGUGGAGGAUGCCUUGUUCUUUCUCACAGUAUCAAUCCCACUCCUCUUCAACCUUUCUACACCCCGCCAGCUCAGCCUUUAUGGCUGUUAUGGCAAAUUC